AUGUACUCAAGUUAUACGGCGUUGGGCGCAGCCUCGAAGCAUGGCGCAUCAGUCAUGCCACUGACGGCACAAGACUCCGACUCCAAUGACUAUGAAUGGAAAACCGAGCCCCCAGUGCAAGACUUCAACACGGGGCUUGAAGCUACAUCUGACUGUGAAUUGCGGAACCUCAUUCGGCCGCUGAUUCAAAGGUCCAUAGGGGGAGACUCGACCAGUCUUGCCGGCGAUUGGAUGGCUGUACUAGAUGAGAAGUCUGAGGCGCAAUCUGCCGUGGUGUUGCACUACUCGCACCCACAGGAAGUUUGGGUCGAGCCUAUUGUUGGUCCGGCUGAAGUUGGCGAAGGGACAAUCUGGUGGAAAUUGCGCGUGCCGUUUAAGGCGGCGUGGACUCUCUUUAAUGCUGUUGGUAGCUGUGGUUAUGACGGGAUUGAGCUGUAUUCGCGAGACGAGUAUCGUAACUCGGAGGGGGUCCUCCAAACUGAGAUUCCAGACAAGAUUAUUACUGGUGAAAUGGAAGAUUCAAAGGGGCGGUAG